AUGGACGAAGACCUCGAGCAACACCGAGCUUUCAUAGUGGGCUUUCGUGCUGUUAAAUCGUACCUGGAUUCCGUCGCAGAAACCCCAAGGAGAUUCUCGGGUGCUGAGCUUAUUUCCCUGCUUGAUGACUUUGCACCGCAGCUCCAUCACCACCUCACAGAUGAGAUUCCACGCAUGGUUGCUCUAUCACGCUUUGGUAACAAAAUUUCCAUGCUGAAAAUUAUUGAGACCGAGGGAAAUCGAUCGGCUCAGUCUCUUUCCAAGACUGGUGCUAUGAUAUUUUUCCUUAGAGAUAGUGACUUGGAGUUUGCAGAGGGGCUAUGGAAGAACUGGCCUCCAAUCCCAGGUCCCGUGCGCUAG